AUGGAUGAAGGAUUAGUUAGACGAGCGACGACAGGAUCAACGCCCAAUGAGGAAUUAAAUGGAAGAGAACGUCAAAAACGAGUGAUAGAACAGCUUGUGUUGGAUUUGGGAAAUCGAGGCAUUCGAGAAGACGCUCUUCGUGAGCUUUCAAAGGUCUUUAUUCAAAGCAGGGAACUAAUUAAAGAUUUGGCUCCUUUUGUAUGGAACUCUUUUGGUACCAUUACUGCACUGAUUCAGGAGAUUAUUUCAAUCUACCGUUUCUUAUCACCGCCUAAUCUGACCGUGGUACAAUCAAACAGAGUCUGCCAUGCACUUGCUGUUCUCCAAUGUAUAGCCUCUCAUCCAGAGACAAAAAUGUUGUUCUUAAAAGCUCAUAUUCCUUUCUAUCUAUAUCCUUUUUUCAACACCACAAACAAAUCAAGGCCUUUCGAGCAUCUGAGGCUUACUAGUUUGGGGGUCAUUGGUGAACUGGUGAAGGUUGAUGAUACUGAGGUUAUAAGUUUUCUGUUAUCAACUGAAAUUAUUCCGCCAUGCUUGAGGUCAAUGGAGAUGGGUAGUGAAUUAUCCAAAACAGUUGCAACAUUUAUAGUUCACAAGAUCUUAACUGAUGAUGUUGGCCUCGAGUAUAUAUGCACAACAGCUGAGAGAUUUUGUUCCCUGCGUCGAGUCUUGGCGAACAUGGUUGCUGCUCUUGCAGAACCACCACCAUCACAGCUACUGAAGCAUAUCAUUCAGUGCUACUUGCGAUUAUCAGAUAAUCGAAGAGCAUGUGAAGCCCUGAGAGGUUGCCUUCCGGACAUGCUUAAGGAUACGAGAAUUAACAGCUACUUGCAGGACGACCCAACUACAAGGCGAGGGCUACAGCAGUUGCUCAUUAAUGUUCAAGGGCCUCAUGUUGCACAGCAAGCAGGUGGAGGAUUCUAGCAGUUGAUGGUAAACUGAGUUGCUAACAUUGUUAAGCCAUCAGUUGCCCUUUUGUUAGUGUUUUAUAAUGUUAUCUGAUUCCCGAUGAACUGAAUUAUGGUGACUGAAUUGUGCUUCAUCUAUGAACCCCAGCGGAAUUGUUAGUUGAAACUUGAAUGUUUUCUCUUAUCAGUUCGACCAUCAUCUUCUAAUGGAAUUAUUCAUGACAUUAAGAAAGGGCCACAGUGUUGGGAUUGUGU